CUACUCAGCCCACAACAACACACCAUCGAUCAUCAUACGACACACAAACACAUACACAAAGCCUAGCACAUCGAUCGCAAUGGAGCAUUUUCAGGAGGUGGACUACUGCUCGGAUGAGGUAAGGUCGGUGGUCAACCCGGCCCGCGGCGGCGGCAAGCAGCAGCACAUCGUCAAGGAGACGUCCGUGGAGGAGGUCGACAAGGCUGGCCGUCACCACGGGCAUCACGGACACGGUGGCUCCGGCCACUUCGAGGUGCGCGAGAGCAGGCUCGAGGAGGACAUUAACACCCGCACCGGCGAGUUCCAUGAGCGCAAGGAGAACUUCCUCGUCAGGGCUGACGACAAAAGCUGAGCUGGUUACACGGAGCUAGCAUCAUGUCGUACGAUGUGUGUGUGCGUGUGUGCGUGUCAGCAAAUGUAUGUGUGAUGUUGCGCACGGGCGUACCGGCCGUGCAUGCGUGCAACGCUUAAAUAAGCUGACCGUGACCUGGAAUAAAGGUUCUUAAUUAGCGUCGUACCUAA